GGAUUCCUGCACUCGAAGGAUGUUGUGCGGCACGAAGCAGAGCGCCCUGUCGCCCUGUCGCGAUCUAUCUCUUCGUCGACCGGUGGGUGAUAUAGUGGUAGGUGACGUCAACUUGACCUGCUCUUCGCCAGAUGCUGCUCGAGUAUGAUCUCCUUCACUGUCAUAUGCCACCCUCAUCACUCGUAGCCUCUCUUCUCCUAUCUCUCUAAUCCCCCAGCGUUGAGUACAUCCCAAGGUAUUGCACGACCUCGAAUACAGUCAGCGAUGGAUUCCCUUCCCACCACCAACGCCACCAAAGGCGGCGAGGAAUCGCUCAUGAACCGCACGCUGGAAACGGGCGCCGCCAUGGUCCAAAACUUCGAACCGCCCAAACGCCUAUGCGCCCACCUCAACGCCUUCCACACCUACGCCUCCCAACCCGGCCGCCACGUCGAAGCGAACCACUACUGCGCGCACCUCAACGACGACGUGCGCCAAUGCAUCCUCUACGACAGCGACAAGGCCAACGCGCGCCUCAUCGGGGUGGAAUACAUGAUCAAACCACACCUCUACGAGAAACUCGACCCGGCCGAGCGCAAGCUCUGGCAUACCCACGUCUUCGAGGUGAAAAGCGGGAUGCUCGUCAUGCCCGCGCCGACCGGCGUGCCGGAUGCCGUGUGGGAGGCCGCGGAGAACAAGGAGAUGGAGGAGGUGGUGGUGUUGUACGGGAAGGUGUAUCAUUUGUGGCAGACGGAUCGGGGGGAUGAAUUGCCGCUGGGCGAGCCGCAGUUGAUGAUGAGCUUUACCUCCAAGAGUCAGUUUGACUUCGACAAAGAGGUGGGUGAUCGGGAUCGGCGGUUCGGUGUUGACAGCUCGAAGAAAGCGCAGAAGCGGGCGUAUAUUCAGGAGCCGAAGCUACAUCCCGACGCAGAUAGCUGCUGGAAGAAGUGAGUGAAUGAGCACAGCUUGUCGAAGCUGCAUGUCUAGACAGCAUGCUGUUCCGGUGAUCGGAAAUGUGAUCAGUUUGCAGUCUACUACGAUCCGUGAAUGCGGUGGCGACGAAAGCUAGCCGUGGACAAGGGGAUGGAAAGUGGCACAGCGAUGUGAGGAAACACGCAUACGCAAUGAAAGCUACCGCUA